CGCUUAACAUUGUAAACAAAUCCAAUAGAAAUAUUCUCGAAUUCAACGCACUCUUCCUUCUCAGACAGAGAGAGAGAGAGAGAGGAGUUUCUGAGUUGACAUAAUAAAUAUCUCCACACUGGAGAGCUUCGAUUUCGUCGAAAAUGAAGCGAAGGAGAGAGCUGGAGAUGGUCACGUCGGAGAUCAGGUCCGCCAUUGAGGAGCUCUCGCUGCUACCGGUCAACCUCAAAACCGCCGCCUCACCUCCCGAUUCUGUUCCGGUUCCGGUUCCGGUUCCUGCCCCGGUUCAUGUGCCGGUUCAGAUUAAUGUCCAUAUUCCAAUCAAGCCGUUUCUCUCUCUCUGCAAUUUGCUCGUGCAAGUUCUCGAUAAGAUUGGGCCAACAAUGGCUGUAUUGAGACAAGACAUUCGUCAAAACAUUGAGAGAUUAGAGAAGUUUCAUGAUUCUGACCCAUCAAUAUAUUGGGAUGUGGUUGAGAUUUUGAAGAAAGAGGUGAAUGAAGGCAAAGCAAAAAAAGGACCCACUUGUAGCAAAGCUUUUGUUUGGCUUAACAGGUCCCUAGAAUUUGCUCUGGCAUUGUUAGAGUUGCUAGUGAAGGAUUUUGGGAGAAAUAUGGAGGAAGCAGUUGAACAAUCUUACAUCAACACUUUAAAACCAUGGCAUGGAUGGAUCUCUUCAGCAGCCUACAAAGUAGCCCUGAAACUGGUGCCGGAUAGCCGGAGUUUCGUGGAUGUUCUUAAGGUCAAAGGCGAAGAGGACGACGACAUUCUCAAGAAAGACAUACAAAACUUGGUCUCUCUGCUCAUGCCAGUGCUAGAGCAGAACAAAGAAAUUCUAAGAGCUUAUGGAUUGGAUAAGCUGAAAUCAACGUGAAGAUGAAUGUCCAAAUUUUGCUGGAUGGUGUAUGAAAUAUGAUGCCUCUUGUUUUAGGCCAAUGUACAGUGGAAAUAUUGUGUAUAAUAGUAACCUCUUUUUUCAUUUCUCUAGUUUUUAACAUAUCCCCUGUUUGUUGUACACAAAACUUUGUCAUGGGCGUUCUUUUAAUUCGUCUCAUGAGUGUUUACACAUGUUGAGAUAGAGAAAUAAAUUGAGUUGUGUUGCAAUUUUCAA